GAAGCAUCAGAAAGAGAAGGGGAUCAUGGAGUUCUCCAAGGCUGACUUGAUGAAGCUUCUAGGGUUACUGGAGGCAGAACUCCAAGCCAGGGACUUGGUCAUCAACAGCCUGAAGAAUGAGCGUACCAAGCUGCUGAAACCCUCCAAGAAUCCUCAUCGGCAGUACACCUUGGCCAACCCCUACACAGCCUUGGUGAGAGACAGUGAGAAGGCCGCAGGGAAGGGCGACUCGGACGAGGAGAAAACCAAGGGAACAGAUACCAAAGAUGUGGUGGCUUCGUUGCAUGCUGUCAUAGAGCAUCAUCGGAAAGCAGAGGAGAGGCUCAAGAACCAAGUCCAGACACUCAAAACCAGUCAUUCAAAGGCUGUCAAUGAACUUGAGGAUGAGAAGAGAAGACAUGCUCAAGACACAGCACAAGGAGAUGAUGUCACAUACAUGCUGGAAAAGGAGAGAGAAAGACUCAUGCAGCAGGUGGACUUUGAGAAGGCCCAGCAGAGCAAGCUAGAAAAGGAGUGCAAGAGAUCUCAGGGUCGGCUGGUUCAGGAACGCAAGAAGCAUGCAGAGUUCAUCAAGCUCAUGUUUGACAAGCAUCUCUUACUAGCACAGCAGCUUGGAGACACUCAACAGAGAGCCAUGGAAUGGGAGACCCAGGCACAAGCAAUGAGAGCUGAAGCGCAGAAUGCUUCAAAGCUUGCCGCUGAAGAAAGGAACAAAAGUGUGAAAAUGGAAGCAGAGAUGGAGAAGAAGCUCUCGGAAUUUGAUAUUGAGCGAGAGCAGUUGUUCGGAAGGUUGCAGCGGGAGGAAAUGAGGACUAAAGAGCUUAGAGAAGAGCUGGAAUCUCUCAAGAAGUCUUCUAAGAAAUCUGCAGAGUUAGUUAAUGGACGUGCAGCGAAUGGUAGUGAGUUGAAUAGCAAUUCAAAAGGAAGUUCUGCAAAGAGUAUAUCAAGCAGUGGUGACGGUAAAACAACUAAGGGAAAAGAGACUCCUGGGUCUGUUCGCAAACCAGCUGUAGCUAAACCGAAAGCUUCAGCUAAAAUCUAUGGUGCAAAAGGAUACAAGACUCCUCCUCAUUCUGAUAAAUCUGAGGCCUCAUCAUCAUCGUCAUCUUCAGAAGAUAUCAAUGUGACUGUUUCCUUAAGCAGAGUACACUCUGUGAGUCCUGCUGCUCCAAGUCCAAAGAGCAAUUUGUCAGAAAGCAAGAAACCAAGCAUAACCUCAAAGCCCAAGCCUGGUACCACUAACCUUUCCAAAGGCACAGGCAAAGACCAUAAACCUCUUAGUCCUGCUUCAAGUCUGGACAAACUAUCUGGGAAAGCGUCUUCUGCUUCACCUUCAUCAGGGGUGUCUCAGAAGGGAACAAAGAUACCAAGCAGCAGUGCCAUGUUUGCAAAUUCAUCUCAACUAAGAAAGAGUGCCCCUACAGUGGCAGUUGUUGCCCCACAACCCAGCAAGGCUUCAAAUAUAUCUCAGGAAGCUAGCAAACAACAGCUGCCUGUAAAGAAAUCCUCAGACAGUACAGACUCAUCUAAAAUGGACAAAAGUGAACCUAAAAGCAAUGCUUUGUCCAGACCGACAACUUUAGCUUCAGGGGAUACUGCAAUGAAAGCAAAAGAACCUGCUGGGAAAGUCUCCCAGUUACGGAACACUCUUACAUCACCAAAGGACAAAGACUCGAGGGAUAAAUCUCCAACCAGGGGAUAUGUUGGAAUGAAUGUGAAAGCAGCUGCAGCUCAGCUCACCAGUCCCGUUGGUAAGAAAGUCUUCAAUCCACUUGGAAACACUCCAAAUAAACUCAAUUCUUCCACUUCCUCAGAGCCUAGUGGUACCACUCAAACCAAAGAAGCUCCCACAAGUGUCAGCAGUACUGCCAUCACUGACAAAGUGAAACCUGUGGUGACUUCUCCAUCAUCCAUCACCCCAGGAAAACGCAAUGUGUCACCCCGAGGUACUCCUCCACCUAUUCCACCUAAUAAACCCUCUCUUAUACCUCAUAAAUCACAACCUUCUCUUUCCUCCACUUCUUCUGCUCCUCCUACGGCUUCCCUGUCCACUAUGUGCUCAGUUACAUCUUCCUCCAAUACUGCUUCAUCUAAAUCAACAAGUACAACAACUACAUCAUCCUCUGCUUUAUCUAAACCAAUAAGUUCAACCAUGUCAUCUACUUUAUCCAAACAAUCAAGUUCAACAUCAUCCAAACCAACAAAUACAACCUCUCCUUUAUCAAAGCAAACAAAUGCAUCUUCCACAACUGCCUUUACAAAAACCUCAAGUACACCAACAUCGUCAUCUGCUUUCUCAAAGCAAACCACUAAUACAAAUUCACCCGCUUUGUCUAAGUCAACGACAUCUACAACUCCUCCUGCCUUUACCAAAUCAACAACAUCUUCUUCCUCAACUCCAACCACCAACUCUCACCCCGAGUCCAAUGGCCCCAAGAACUCCCCUACCUCCAACUCCCUGUCCAGCUCCAGGAAAUCAGACUCUCUGGUCGAAGCCCGCAAGCAACUUUUUGCCAAUAAACUUGGCAGCGGUGUGGGUAUCAGUGCAACUAACCUGCGGCCACCCUUUGAAAGCAGCAACCCAAUGCUCAUGGUCAAUAACUCCAACUCCAAUAGCCUGGAGUCCCUUAACGAAAAGACCUCGUCCUCCUUGGUCACAGGAAGCUCCAUCCAAGGAAAGGCUGCUGCGCAGGUGGGUCACCAGACUAUAGAAUUGAGCAUGCCCAGACUGGUCCUCUUGUUAGCCACAGUGCUCUGCAGUCAGUUGUUUCUUGUGCAGAAAAAUUAACGCUAACACCCCCUUAUCCCAGAUUGCCAAUUUCCCUUUGCUUUUUUUAUUUUGAUUCAGUUUUUUCCUCUUUGCUUCCUGCUUUUUUCCCUAACUUCUUAAACUAAUCCCCACCUUUAGCACUUCAUUGUGGCCUGUUUUUGAGCCACUUUCCAUGGUAUCUUCUGCUGUUUGUAGUUCACACUAACAAUUUUCAAGACUAAUUUUUAUCACUGGUUAGAAACGAAUGCCAUCAGAUCCGUUUAGCAGAAUCAUGUAUAAGCAUGGUAGAUUCGGCUGUAUUGAGGCAUGUCUAGUUGUAGAUAUUUUACAAGAGAUCUAAUUUAAUCAUUUUGUUUAGAAGAACAUCCAUUUAUUUGGUACUCCUCUUUUCUUCAUUUCAAAAUCCAUUUUAAGUGACAUCUAUGGUUGUUGAAAUAUUGAAUAAAUCCAUAUUUUGGUCAUAUAAUUUUUCUACAAUCAAUGACAAACAGCAAUUGAAUACUAUGUGCUAUAACAAGUUAUCAAUAUGCAUUUCAUCUUUUUAUUGACUUCUCUUAUUAUCGCUCCUCCUUCUUUUAUUGAUGAUCCUGUUUCAAACUAUCUUUUUAUCGGACAUCAAAGCAGCGCUCUUUAGCUGUCCAAUUUAGUUUGAUUUCGUAUUAUCAUUUUAGCCUUAUCCAAGAUGUGGAAACAGAGCUUGUAAGGAAGGAAUAGUGAGAGGGAGGGAAAAGAGAGAGAGUGGGGAUGGGGGAGGGGAAAGAGGAGAGUGUUGUAGUGAGGGAACGAUUCUUCAUCAUUGGUGAAGCAUUCUCCAUCAUCCCAGAAUCAAUAAGAGUUUAUGGGAUUUGUGGCGACUGUUUCACCUAAGGACAGCCAAGCAUUGAGAUGCAUUCAUUGUUGCUCUUCUGUGUUCUGCCAUUGGGGCUUCUUUUCCUUAAAUCUAUAUAUUUUUAUGUCAUGUUAUUAAUAGCAGUCAUGGUUCUUGGCUGUAGCCAACCAAUCUGCUCUGUGGAUUCCAUUUCAAAGUUGGAAGUCCUGGCAGAAAUCAUGGGAGGCUUCAUUUGAAGGAUGGAUGGAUCAGUUCAUAUGUUUAGACCCAAAGACUAAUCUAUGUCUUAAAAUGCUUAGAGUAGGGCUUGGUUAUGACAUACCAUUGAAUACUAAUAUACCCAAAGUUUGACGUACAGAGUUCUUUCAAUGUUCAUAGCAGUGUUAGUACUAAGUAUUCGCUCCCACCAGCAAAUUUGUACGAUAUGAUAUGCAAUAUUCUCAAAAUUACAACAACACCACAGAAAAGUCACUUAGUGGAUGGACAAGUUCAAUUAGAUUGUAGAUUAUAUUUUGAUGAAGGGUUUAAAAGAAGGAAAAAAAAGAAAUGGGUAAAUCAAUCCUAUAUAAUACAAAAAUCAUGCACCAGCUUGAUGUAUAGAAACAAAUUCAACCUUGUAAGUAUAUAUAUUUUAGCAGAAUGGUUGGGCAAAAAUGAAAUGUUUCCCUUUUAGUAGACCUUUCACCUGGCAUGUAACUGACAAUCAUAUCUUGAUAUUUUGCCAUCUGGGUAUCUUAUUUUAGUUCAGGAGAGAUCUAGCUGCCAAUCCAUAACCUUCUGCACCCAGGGACAUGCCAGAAAAUAAAUUGAUUUGUGCACUGAUGUUUGACAUUUAUUUCCAAAGACCUAAAGGUUUCAGAGAAAUCCUUUCCAACCUCUCUGUAUGUGAUGUGAAUUGUUUUUCCAUAUUCCCUACUCCCCAAAAGCCUCCCCCAAGCAGAAGCAGAAAAAAGGCAGAAAAGGGUAAAAAAUGAAAUCCAAUGUAACACUAACUCAAGUGGGAGGGGAUGUCUGUAUCAUUUUAGGUGAGAUGUUUCAGUUUUCAUGAACCAUAUGUGAGUCAUUUCUAUUAUUAAAUCAAUUUGUUUACAUAAAUGGGGGGGGUUCUUUUCUUUAUCAUACCAACAGUUUGGAGAAUGCAGAAUGACAUUCUUUAGUAAUGUGUGUUAAAAGAUAGAAUUAAAUAAAAACCCAUACUGGUAUAUUUUCCCCACAUUCAAACUAUUCAACAUACAAAACUAAUUUUCCCCUUUUAGGACAGUUUUUGUCUUUUUAUUGAAUCAAAGGUUGAAGAAGAAAAGACAAAAAUGUAUCCUUGUAAUUCUUCAGAAAGCUAUUUUUGCUGUUAUUUACUGAAAAUAAGCCUAUUUAGACUUUAUUAAAUGGCCUACUUAAGGAGAAUCAGGGGUGAAUCGCUUCACAUAAGAGAUAUAGAGGGGGGGGGGUAGGAGCAGAAAUAGUUCCUUUAAAAGUUUUCCAUUCGUUAAUUAUGCACCAUUUCCCUUGUCAUAAUCACUUUUGAUACUCUGCACUGCAAUGAGCGACUUAAAAGUAGACUUGUCAUAUUUUGCAUGAAAAUUGUAUUGUUGACUGUGAAUGUGGUUUACCGUAUGUGGUAUGACAAUUGUUCUGCUGUUCUUGUUGUAUGUCAUGCUAUAUGGAAGCAUGUUCACAUUUCUUGAAGUUUUGAUGCAACCGGAUGAAUAAGCAUGCAUAGUUUUUGUUGAAAGCAAGCAUGAAAGUUGCGUUUUAAAGUAACUUGUAUGUAUUUGUCGUUUAAAUGUUUGUUGUUCUGACAAGAAUUACUUUGACUUUCAUCUACUCAAAUGAUUGUAUUUUUGAAUUGCUUAUGGCUCAUUCCAUUCUGGAGUUAUUAUAAGUUCAUACAAGUUUCCUGGCCAUACCUGUUUGUCUUUCAGAUUCAUGCGUAUUUCUUUUUAUUUUGGAAUCCAGUACAUUUUAUUUUUUCCUUAUCCUUUAUUAUGUUGUCUCUUAUUAGGCAUGACAGCCUGACCUUUUUUUUAUUUCCCUAGAAAAUUUGUUGUUCUUUUUUACCACAUUAUAUGUUGUUCCUUUUUACCACAUUAUAUGUUGGGGAACUGAUAUGCUCUCAAAUUUUAGUGCAAGAAUGAGAUAUAGAAUGAUAUCUAGGUAAACCCUAAUCAUUUCCAGGGUAAAAAGUGUAUAGUUUAGGAAUACAUGUAUGGUAUGUAAAAAAGUUUCAGUAAAUGCAGGAAAGGUCCCCUUACUCUGCUUUUGCAUAUAAUCAUUCAGUAUUAUUAUUAUUUUUUUUUGGUGUAUAUCAAUAAUACAUUGAUAUGUCCAAAGAAUGUGUAGUUGCUGACGCUAUAAGGGAAACUUAAAUCAUGUAUGAUUUUGAUAACAUUUACAGGCCAAGAAGUUCGGCAAGGCAGUAAGUUCAAUGUUUCAUACACCCCUAUUCGGGUUUUAUUGUGGUUUAUUGUUUUAUUCAUUGUCUUUUUAUACCUUUUUUUUUCCUUCUAACUCUAACUUUUAAGAAAAAAAAUUUAACUCAUUUAUUUCCAUUUCAACCUAAUAAACUGAUAUUUAAAAUAUUGCCAAUGAUGUUUUUUUUAUAGUUUCUGUUCGAUUGCAGUCACUCCAUUUGAAAUAUCCCGCUAUUAGUUUGUGGUUCCCAUCUCUUUGGAAAAUCAUUAAUACUAUUUCAUCACUUACAUCCCACUCCCCUUUGAAGUUGAUUUUCUGUCUUUUUUCCAUUAAACACAGUUGACUUUCCAUGUAGGUUAGAAAAUCAUUUGAAAAUAACAUUUUAGUAAUUUUUCUGAAAAGUGUUAGUCGUUAAGUUACAAUUAACACAUAGGCCCCUUUAAUCUUAUUUGAAGCAACUUGCAUUAGUACAUUAAGUGCUAAAUUCUCCUAUUGGUUUGAUCAAGAGAAUGCCUGUUUUUUUGGUUUUUUUAAAUAGCUGACGGUUUAAACAGUAGUACAGGAUUGAACUGUGUAUACUACU